CGCGCCGCGCUCCCGCCGCAGCCGCGCUUCCCCGCGCCAGCGAGCCAGCCAGCGAGCGAGCGAGCGGGCGAGGCCAGCGCGGGGGCCGGGCCGCUUCCUUCUCGCCACCGCGGCGUCCUGGGGCGGGCUCCGGCCGCGAUGGCAGAGGCUGAGCGGGGCUGAGCCCGCAGCCGCCUGCAGCCCUCGGGCCCCCUUGAGUCCCUGCCAUGGCGAAACAGUACGAUGUGCUGUUCCGGCUCCUGCUGAUCGGGGACUCCGGAGUGGGCAAGACAUGCCUGCUGUGCCGCUUCACCGACAACGAGUUCCACUCCUCGCAUAUCUCCACCAUCGGUGUUGACUUUAAGAUGAAGACCAUCGAAGUAGACGGCAUCAAAGUGAGGAUACAAAUCUGGGACACAGCAGGGCAGGAGAGGUACCAGACCAUCACGAAGCAGUACUAUCGGCGAGCCCAGGGAAUAUUUUUAGUCUACGACAUUAGCAGUGAGCGCUCUUAUCAACAUAUCAUGAAGUGGGUCAGCGACGUGGAUGAGUAUGCUCCAGAAGGAGUCCAGAAGAUCCUCAUAGGGAACAAGGCUGAUGAAGAGCAGAAGCGGCAGGUGGGAAGGGAGCAGGGGCAGCAGCUGGCUAAGGAGUACGGCAUGGACUUCUACGAAACAAGUGCCUGCACCAACCUUAACAUUAAGGAGUCCUUCACUCGUCUGACGGAGCUGGUGCUGCAGGCCCACAGGAAAGAGCUGGAUGGUCUCCGAACAUGUGCCAGCAAUGAGCUGGCCCUGGCCGAGCUGGAGGAAGACGAAGGCAAACCUGAGGGCCCAGCAAACUCUUCAAAGACCUGCUGGUGCUGAGGGUCCUGUGUGGAACCCCCCUCCCCAAACCCCUUCCCUCAGGAGGCCCGCCAAGGCAGGGAGUCUGGGCUCUGCCCACCACUGUCCUUUCAUUUGACGAUCCUGUUGAGAACCAGUAGCUGCUACUCCCCUGCCUGGCCCUUCGGGCAGCUCUGCUGUGGCCUCAGAGCCUCUGCCCCCAGCCCCUCUAUCCUGGAGUGGUAACCUUUCAGCCUGUUUCCCAGCCACAGGCCUGCUGUGACCCUAGAAUGUGCUGUGACCAUCUCACCAGCCCAGGCUCCUGGGACAACGGUCAUGGCUGGAGUCAAGGCCACUUAAAGACUCCUUAGUGCAUCUUGUGGGCUCUGCUUUUUCUCUUCUUUCUUCUCUUUCUCCACUCCCUUCCCUCCCACAUAUUCUGCAUCCUCUGUCAUCCCGCUCUCCUCCCUUGCCUGUGUGUCUUGCUGCUAAUGCAGUUCCUUCCUUCUUUCCUUCCUGAUUCUGCCUAAGGGAAUGGACCCAGGCUCUGCCCCCCAGGGAGGACGGCUCACCCUGCUCUGGGGUGGCCUGAAGGCCAAGGGUGCUUCUUCCUCCCCUCCCCACUGCCCCUCCUUCCAUGGGCUGCCUCUCCAAUGGUCUGGGAAGGUAGAACACUGAGGUAGGAAGGGAAUACUACCAGGUGGUCCUUGAGCCUGGACUGGCCUCUUCUGCCUUUGCCUUCUGCUGGAGUUUUGGCCUUGCCUGACUGCCCAUGUGCCUCUGUGAGGAAAUGAAUCCAGAGGCGGGCACAGCGGAGAAGAAAGACGAAAAGGUGGGGUGGCAGGGGGGUUAAGUCACCUCUGCUCUCUACCUCCUACGAGGUACAGCGAGUGUACAGCCUCUUCACCUGGCCUCGUGAAGCUAAAGAUGGGGAUGAAAGUCUGAGGGCAACAAAGGGCAGGGACGCCCUGGGCUCAGAUACUGUGUAGUCAGCUGUGAGCUCCAGAGAGAGGCGAGAGGGAUUGUGAGGGGCUGGCUCCUAGAACAAGGGUUAGAACAAGAGUAGAGGGAGCCUCACAGAACAGUGAGUGCAGGGCAUCCUGUGUGCCCCAGCAGAGGUGACAAGUAAUCAAUCACUCCACUGAACCCAGCCUUUGGAAGUUAAAGGUUUCCCCCAGAGUCUGUGGACAGCAGGCCUUAGGACUCCUAAGAGAAGGGCGGGUGUGGGUGGAAAUAUGUGGUGCUGCUCUGCCUUCCAGGGCCCCCUCCCCCUUGUUCCCUUACUUCUAAGUCUGCUUGUAGCUUUGCCAACUGCUGUGUGGCUACCAAGGGAGGGAAAGAGACACCCUCCUCCAGAGUUCUAUGCUCAGGAAGUUUCUUUAACCCAGUGGUUCAAGAGUAGAUUGAAGGAGGCCCCUCAAACAAACAAACACCCCAAGCCUGGUAGGGUUCGUCCUUACAUUCCCAAGGUGGGAGGAGCUCAGGUAAGGGAAUUGUCCCAAGAUGCACUUCAUGCCUGGGGCUGGAGCCAAAGCCGAGGAAGAGCUGGGCACUGAGCAUUCGCUGACCAAGUUCCUUCCAAAUGCAGGGUACAGCUGCCAUGACAGACAGCCCACACCUCUGUAGUCCUCUAAAAAGGGAGAUGGGGGCGAAACCAAUGGGAAUUUCUCCCUGACUUAGCAAAGCAGGAAGCAAGCAGGAGAGAACAGCUCAGGAUUUCUGGAGGAGGGAAAAGGAGAGCAGGAACAGUAGUGCAUUGUUCACUAAAGAGAAACAGCGUCAGCUCGAAGACUGGACCAUGACUGGCUGAGGUGGCUUCCUUGGGGACUGACUCCUGGGUAGUAGCGAGCCCUAGGUAGACUCACACAACAGUGAGCAGACCUGCCUUCAGCCAGGGACCUGAGGAGAGCUUCUAGAGGGCACAGGCCCUAACCUGUUGCAAGUGUCACUGUCUUCUUGUCCCAGCCCCUCGAGAAAGGACUUGAUUUUCACUCCCUUGAGGAUUCCGGGAGGGAAUCUGGGGCUAGGAUUCUGAGGACUCUGUACCAUGGUCACGCCUGCCUCAGAAGUGCAACAGAAGGAAGCUGGGAUAUGAAGAGCACCUGUGCUCGCUCUCUUCUGGAGAACGCCUCACCCUAACUGCCAGUCUGGGAGGUGGCUUGGGCUGUGUCAUUGGCCUUGACUGUUCAGCAGGCUUUCCUGGCCUGUCUGCCCAUUGCCCGAGAUCAGCUCACCCUGGUACACCACCUGAGUCCCACUCUCUCCCUGUGAUGGGUGGCCUUUGUGUACUGUGUCUUGGGUCCAUUAUAUGAAUUGUGAGCAGGGUUCAUCUAUUUUAAACACAAAUGUUUA